UUAUCUCCCGAAGCAUUUCUCAAACUCUACAUACCUCCCAGGUGUCUCAGUGUCAACAGUCCGAUAGUCAGUCUGCGACCCAAGAGUGACCGCCCAGAUUCACAGCAAUUGUGUCUAUGGAAAUGGCCUGCUCGCCACACUCAAGGCCAUGACGAAUUGGACAAACUGUUCCGACGCUAUCGAUAUCAUACGAUACCUGACGACUCCCCCAGUAUUCGGAUGGACAGCGGUUUCGACGUCAAGUAUAUUGAACCAACCAUCCAGCUCAUCAACAAUGAAUUUCUCACAGACGAGGCACCGUCUCUACGAUGCGAGAUUGACUCCAUAAAUCUAGGAUAUGGGAUGGCUAGGAUUGUGUCUGAUGACUGCCCUAGGAUUCCACCGACCAUCGGAGACUCUACUGCGAGCUCAAAUAAAUGUCGGCUCAUAGUCUUGUUCAUAGAUCCUGCCAUUGAGAUCGAUUGGCAUAUCUUUGAACCUAUGGGUAAGAAGACUUCUCUCCCCCCUGACAACAUAGCUCGGCAUUUCUUUGAUUGUCUAAUCUCCGAAUGCAAUCGAGUCGGCAGCCCAUAUGGAAUGCUUACAGACGAACGUCGUAUGUCCAUUCUCUAUUUUCCCCCCGACGGACCUCCGGACCCCUACCGUCUGCUUGAUCUCGAUUAUAACUAUUUUAUUCGCAACCUGUCGGUUGCUGACUCCCCUCUUCGUCGGACUAUCGCUGCCUGUGUGCUAUUCUCAGUCGGUACUGGUUCACUGAAGCCAGUUCGUCGAUUCGAUCUCUGUCGAGGUGCCCUGCGUGACCCAGCAUGUUUGAAUCACAGCUUCUCAACGGAGCCUGAGAUACUUCAAUCUUUCCGCUCCUACCGCGACUUUGAUCUAUAUACUCUCCAGCGAUCGCCAGCAGCUUGGCAUCAGUUUGUGUGCUGGCGAACAUGGGCUCAACGGCAAGCGGCUAAUCCACAAACACGCAUCAAGCGGGGAUCCGUGUUGCGUGUUCAAUGUAAUGGAUUUCUACGCAAUUAUCGUCCAUGGAGGUCUCCGUUCCCGAAUCCACGCCCUCCUCAAGAGACUCUUGACAUUGUAGCACGAUAUCCGCGUCCCCGAGAUGCCGCGAUUGACGAGGCGAUCGCACAAGCGUUUCAAAGAAACAACCAUCUUACAUUCGAGAUUAUAGAUGUCAAACGCGCGGGUCCAGACUAUUUCUCUCAAGUCUUUUUCGGCAAGCUAGAAGGGACGGAUACAGCCAUCUGUGUCAAACUCUUCGACGAGCGCCUUUUUCCAUGCAGCCAGCAGCCUGAAUACGGCGAAGGCGUUGAACCAGAGCUGCAGUUAUUUGAUCUCAACUUCGCGGACGAUAUGAUGCGUCGUGAAGAAGGGGUGUAUUGUGACCGUUUACAAUAUCUCCAAGGGUCCAUGAUCCCACACUGCUAUGGGUUCCACAUGCUCACACUUCCGGACGGAUGGGAGGUGCUUGGUUUCUUCAUGGAAAUUAUAGACGGACCUUCGUUGUGGGAAGUUGGGCAGCAGAACAGAUCUCCGGAUUUCCAAGCAAGUGUGGUCACAAGCGUGCGCCAUAUGGUACGAGCACUUGGAUUUGCAGGAGUCGAUCAGAGAGAUUGGCAUCUCGAUCAGAUUCUGUGUCCUAGAAACUCCCCGGUAACUGUUCCUCCCCACGGAGACGAUGACGAUGCUUGUGUGCAGUCACACAGUGCGAUUCCUUCUCAUCUCCCAAUGGUCCUGAUCGAUUUUGCAUUUGCGCCACAGAAGUUGGGGGAAGACUGGUCUCGGCCUGGGUACCCUAUCCACAACCCUUUGGUAUUGACGCUCACAUUGUAUGAUGAAAUCAGGGUGCCUUACGAUAUCAUUGACGACCAUUGGCUACCAAUGAUGGAAGAGGAAUAUUGA